ACAGGAAAAAAUAUUCUGUAUUUUGCAAGUUGAUAGCUUCAAGUAAUCACUUAGUAAUCUGUGGUGAUAAAAUGAAUAAUUUUUCAUACUGUUCCUUUGUGAGCAUCCACUAUAUUAUCUGUGAGUGUGGGGAUACUUUCCCAACCGAAAAGUUAUUGAAUGACCAUCUCGAAAAUGAACACAUUAAUCCUAAUGAGGAAACCAAUGAAUACCAGUGCAGCACGUGUGGUAAGAUCUUUUCAACGGAGAGGGCAUGUAUCAUUCAUCAACAAAUCCACGCCAGAAGUACUAAACGACAACCUCGGAACACAUCCCAGCCUAAGAAAAGUUAUUAUACAUGCAAGAAUAUUGUGUGCGAAGUCUGUGGCAAGCGAUAUGCUUCAAACGCAGCGUUGCGGUACCACCAGAGGGUCCACACUGGCGAGAGGCCGUACCAGUGUACCAUGUGCCCCAAGAACUUCACUAUGCCCCUGUUCCUUCAGAUCCACGUCCGCACACACACUGGAGAGCGUCCGUACGAGUGUCCGAUGUGCCCUAAAGCCUUCAGCAACAAGGCCGCCCUACUGAGACAUGACCGAGUACAUACAGGUGUCAAACCCUAUGAAUGUCCCCAAUGCGGCAAAUUCUUCACACAAUCCAACUCCAUGAAGUUACACGUUAAAACUGUGCACUUGAAGCAACCCACUCCGUACAAAAGCAAGAACAGGAAGGCCAAAAUUGCGAUGAGACAAGCCAACAUUAUAGCCAGCGCUUUAGCAAAUGAAGUUUUGACCAAGUCUGUGCCAAUGAGGGUGACUAUCGAAGAGAGUGACAAGUCGAUGGAAGAGGGUGUGGAUUCUAUGGAGGGCACGGAGGUACUGGAGAGGGUCAAAAUUGAGGCCCGGGAAGAGGGCGAGGAGGAAGCGGUGUACCAGAUAUACGAAGACGAGCAGUACAACCAAAGUAAAGUGAAGGUGGAAAUAUCAGAGAUACCAGUAUACGAGGAAGAUCUGGACCAAUCCGAAAUUGUCUACGAAGAGGUCUAUGAGAUGGAGGAAAUGUAGUCAGCAGCAUCGGUCGCAUCGUAAUAACUAUCCUUUUCCACGCACAUGCAAACUGUGGAAUCAACUUCCCAUCGGCGGUGUUCCCACUAGAUUACAACAUGGGGUUAUUCAAGGGGCGGACCAACAAAUUCCUGAAAGGCCGGCAACGCAUCGGCGGUUC